GUGUGUAAACCGGGCGGAUGGAUUGAGAUAAUGGAAUAUAGAGGGUACGAAAAUGCAGGACCUAUCGCACAAGCCGGAUUAAAUCAAAUACAAGGGAUAACUUCUGAAAAUACAGUCGAUUUAAUUCCUCAAAUGAUGAAAAAUCAUCUCUCUCUAGUAGAUUUUAAGCAUUUUGAAAAAAGAGGCCCGAUUGGUGCUUGGGGUGGUCAAUAUGGUUCUUUGAUGCUAAAAAAUUAUAAAAGUAUAGGAAAAUCCAUUUACUUAAAAUUACAUGACAACGACCCUGAUUAUGAUGAAUUCAUUGCAUCUGUUGAACAAGAAUUUGAUCGAUAUAAAACAACAAUCGGAAACUUUAG